UCUAUCUAAAAGGGGGCAGCACUCACAAAACUACAAGUGGCAACGCUAUUGCGCCACAGCCACAUGUUGGUGGGUGCCGGUACUGUUUCUUUUGAUGCGAAAUGGGAGGCCACCACAAGAAGAAUUUGCGCUCCGAGAAGGCAAAAGUGAAGUUAAAGGGAGCCAAGUUGCCCAAAGGUCUGAACGUUACCAAAACCGACUUCAAGGUGCGCAAGAUCGCGAUACGCGAACAGCUGAAGGAUUCAGUGAUAAAUGAGAGCGGCCAGCGCCAAUUGAAUCUGAAGGAGACGCUGUCACGUUUGAAGCACCACAGCCUCAAGUUUCGCUCAGAUGCCUUACGGAACGUGCGCGACUCCGUCAAGACAGGUACGGCCAACCACCUAAUUGGCCAUUUGACAGAGCUGCUGCAAGGCAUAGCUGCCGGUGCACUUGAUAUUGAGCCCGAUGCCCGCCGAGAAUCGUUCAAGACACUCGACGCUGUGCUGGAGAACCUUCAACCACAGGCUGUGACGCCAUUCUUUCACAUACUUGCCACUUACCUGCGCUGUGCCAUGACGCAUGUGCUGCCGGCCAUCCAGGAGGACUCACUCCUCAUGCUGGACGUGUUACUCCAUCGCCUUCCACCUCAGCUACUGGCUGAACGCAGCGCACACACCAUUAUUGGCAAUUUUAUCGGCAUGAUAUCACGUGCCCGCCACGACAACGAGCGGUCCAACCGCACACUAACUCUGCAGCUGGGUCAUGGCAAACAGACAACUAUUAAGUGGCGUACGAAAGUGCUUCAACGCUUGUAUCAGAUCUUAAGCACACUGGUGCAGCACAACAAUAGUAAAGGCUCCAGCAAGCCGGCCCGUGUCGUUAUGUUUGAUGCACAGACGCCACAGUAUUAUGGCGUGCUUCGUCCAAAACAGUUGAGUACGAAUGAAUCAUGCGAACUUUUCGGUUUGAGUACUGAGGACAAAGUUGAGGGCCCGGACACACAACUGCGUACUUAUGUGGAGCAGCUGAUGCCAUUGCUGAUAGACAAUUGGCUGGAGGUGCGACCACAGCCGGUUCAGAGCACAUCAACGACAAUAACGCAAAGACAGCGAGCUCUGCUCACUGGUGAGGCGGCCACCAGUCUUCACGUCCUCCUUGAGAUCAUGAUGCAAUUGUGGACACUGGUGAACCAGCACGAAGCGGCUACUAACACGCUCGAACUGAGCUCUUGGACGCGCACCACCUUUGCAGCAUCAUUCGUGCGCAAUUUUCUGGACGCCGACUACUUUCCCUAUGAGCAGAUGGUGCCUCCAGCUGCAAAGACCACCAAACGUACAAAAAAGGCCGAUACUAGCGUUGAUCCAUUCUGUGUACUACAAAACCUAUCUCUGGUGCAGCUAAUGAGUCACUUUAACCCGCAACCGGCCACAUCACAGCUUACGGCCACCUACGAACGCCUGUUAUCAUAUUUGCAACAGCGAUUGCAGGACCUCAACAAUUUGGGGCCGGAGCAGCAGCUGCGACUGGUUGCCGCUCUGCGUGCUCUGCUCCAUGACAAUGGUGCUGCAUUGCUGAAGGUGCAGCCAGAAGCUACGAGCGCACUUCUGCGCACCACCAUGGAAGCCUACGUACAGCAACGCUACACAACUCGUGAAGGCGUCGCCACUCGUCUACUUCACACACUCUGCCUCAUUGUUCAGCACGCAGAUCUUUUUGCAGCCUACGGCGGCGAUGAGCAAUUCGCCAUAUUUCUGGGCUAUCUUCCACAGCUGCUGCUCAAGCCGACUGUGAGCGAAUCCACAUUAUGCGCUAUGUCGACGCUGUGCCGACAGCUGAAUCGUGUCUUUAUGAUGGCGCUGGUGGAGAACGCAAACGCCAUAGUGGCGCACAUCGAGCAACUGCAGAUGACUGGAGCAGGUCAAGGAGCAGAUGCCACUAACACAGACAAGGACGAUGCAUUUGAAAGCAAAAAGCGCGUUUUGAAUCUUUUCUAUUAUGCGCGUGACUGCAACGGGAAUCAGAGCAAGGAGAAGCUGAACGAGUGCUUGCAGCAAUUGGAGGCCAGUUCUGUCGAUGAGCGUAUCACCAGCUACUUUAGAUGCAUGCUUACCUACCCCUAGACAGUAAGGGGAGGUUGAUAGUAUCGCCUCUCUUAAAAUAAGUUUUCACAACUAAAUUUACUUGGAUAUGAUAACGGGCCGCCCUGCAAACUAUUGCCCUGCUUUGCUUUAACACGCAUAAUAAAAUAGUUCAAUACAGUUUUUCGUAUAUUUUUAAGUACCUGAUGUAAAGCAAUAUAUUUUAAACAACACUUUUAA